UCAUUAAUAAAGACACAUGUAGAUUAUCUGCACCCAUUAUCCUCUAACAAUGAGGUGAAACAAAGUCUUGAAGAUGAGUUUGAUGAAUGACCAGAUUAAAUAACCGACAUGCAGAGAGAUAUUAAUAAUGCAACGGAGCUCAAAAGAUAACAUCACUUGACAAUUUAAUCUUGUGAAAAUUGAGGCUUUGUGUUGUCCUGUUUGGCUGGAUAGAUGUUAAACAAAUCGCUUGGGGCUCCUAAGCCUCGUACUAGAAAUGAGAAAGCAACUUCUGAUGGUCUUUACAAACUGUUCUUUACAGUCCUGACCAAACUAGGAGAAUGUGAUGAUCUCCAAGCAAUAACAUUACAGCCAACCAGGUUACUGAAACGGGCUAUAGCUAGAGAAACGGCGACGAUAUGCGAUCAGAAUAUGAAGAAUCCCAACUCGGGGACUCGCAAGUCAUAACAAGCUUAAUAUCAUUUACGCUAAUGUUAUCGACUGUCGUCUUCCUUGGUGCCGUGUGUCGCUUCUUGAAGAAAUGUUGCGCAAGGUUUUCUAAAAUUAGAGAAGCAGACGAUGACGUCACCGUCUUGAUAAAAGCACGACGAACUUCCGAAUUACGAAAGAGUCAUUCGCUACCUAGAAUUAGUACCCAGGACUACGCAAUUGUACACCAAGAAGAGAUUCCGUUCGGAACCGAGGAGACUCCGGUGCAGCCGAAUAUCGGUGGAAUAAAGAACGAAUUUUUUUUACGUCCGAGGGCGCCCACAGAUCCUGAAGCUUUUAGAAAGGUAUCACGACAAAUCUCCGCCCCAGCUUCUUCAGUGCCGUAUGGCCUGGCAAAAGGACAGACAUCCCCUCUAUCUCAGAGACUCCCAACGAGAAGUUGGUCAUCGCAUCCUACUAUAGAAACGAAAGACCUGGAACCUGAACUGUAUAAAAAAGAAGCAUUGUUCCAAAAAUUCCAAACUUCAUCCAGAAACAAAUGUGGUACUUUGGACACGGAGAUCUACUAUGAUCCCAAAGACUUAAAACUUGAGGUCACAAUAAGCUCAAUCCACCAACUGCUGCUGCAGAAACAUGCAGACGAAACGAACACCUUUGUGAGCGUCAAGAAGAUACCGGACUCAAAAAGACAAACACGCCGGACUAGUGUCCACAAGAACGCGGUCGAUCCGGUCUACGACGAUACGUUCACCUUCUACAUAGAGCCGAGGGAUGACAUCUCAAGUCACGUGCUAAUAUAUGGUCUUAAUCAUAUGGAUAAGUUUUCCACAAGUUAUUUACGUGGCGAAGCGUGUUUGCCUCUUUCUCAAAUUAAUCUGAAUUCCAGGCGCAGAGUUAGCAUACCGUUUGUAGAAAUAAAGCGUCCCUUUUUGUCGACAAUGUAUCCGGUUUAUCGCGCUGGUGUCGCUGGUUGUAUCCUGGUGUCUCUCAAAUACGAACCCUGGAAAGAGAGCAUUAUUGUCCAUCCGCUUCGGGUGACACAAGUGCCCAAGAAACGUCAUGUAGGAUAUGGUAGAAACGUCUAUGUCAAAGUGGAUCUCCGGCGCAAAGGAGGGGAGCGAAUUACAAAAGCAAAAACAAGCCUUGUCGAAAUGGAGCCAAUGUCAAGGCAUGAAAACGAUUCUUACCAGGCGACUUUCGGCGAAAAGCUAACGUUAGAAUACAAACCAUUUUUGCCGGAAACAACUGAGAUUCACAUCUCGUUGAAUCACUAUCUGUUUCUAAAAAGUAGUUUUAUCAUAGGUCAGCUGCAAAUGUCGUGUACGCAGCCUGGCUACGAGUCUAUGCACUUUCAAAACAUGAUAGAUUCUCCGGGAGAGGAAAUUCCCGUGUGGUACGAAUUGCGGGGGUUCACAAAUCCGACGGCUACGGAAGACGUCAGAUAAUAGCACAGCACUAUAGCCUUCGCACACGCGGAAAGAAAAAAUACGUAUUUUAUACAGCAAAAUGUUUUAGUCGUCUGACAUCCCAACAACGUACUGUAAGCUAUAAUAGUAUAUAUAUAAGAUGCAAAACUAUUUGUAAAUUACAUUAGUUAGAGAACUUAGUUCACAUAAAUAUAAAAUAAAAAUCACUAGAGGGUGGAAAAGUGUGUAGUAGGAUGCAUUUGCUGAAAGCAGUCUUUUUGGGGUGCCCUAUAUACAUGUACCAUACAUUCAAAAAUUUUAAGACCACAGAAGGCGGAGACCGCAAUGCAAAUUUUCCACUUUAAAAACAGUGAUCAUGCAUAUUAAUAAUUAAAAUGCUCAGAAACAUAUUUUCAGUUAUUUCGAAGGCAUAUCAAUCACGAUUACUAUUUCAUGGACAUGUUUACUUAAAUUUAAAUUCUAAAAAUUAACGCGGCGCGUUGCCUUCGAAUGAUCAAAGUUACCGCUGUUUUUGUCAAAAUCAAAAAUUGCAUCGCGUAGGCGAAUUGCGUCCGGCGUGUGCGCAUGUGUUUCAACUUGAACGUCGAUGAUGUUUGUAGUGAGAAUUCGAAAGUUUUAAUUAGCUACAAGCGUUAUAACUGCAUGUUUAACUGAUUUGAUUGGCCGAUCACAUUAAAUCUGACUACGUUUGUGGUUGUAUGAAGUCUUGUCACUUGUGUACAAGGAACUGCAUCAGAUUUCGUUCUGAGUAUUUAGGAAGGCGUGAGAACAAAUUAGGCCCUGAAGCAGAUGUGAGAAAUCCUUUUAUUUUAUUCCUAGGUUAAAAAAACACGCG